AUGGCGACCGGUCUUGCCGUUUUGCUGGUCGGCGCGGCAGCGCUGCCUUACCCGAUUCCAGUGGCCAAGCGAGUCAUCCGCGCAAUGGAUGACGUGAUAGCAAACCACGUGGCUGUGUACGACUGGGACGCGUGGAGUGCCAUCAUGAAGGAUUACUGGACUGAGGACUUUGUGUAUGACACGGUGCACGGCAUCGGCAACUUCACAGGCCUCCGCGACUGGUUCGACGGAGAGCACGUUCCCUUCAACAUCGCGUUCGACCAGGUCUACUUCAACCAGCUCAUUUUCCUCGCCGAGAACGCGACCGCCUCCACCACGACGUACGCCAAAGGCCGCUGGUAUGGCCCGCUGGCCGGGAUGCCGCCAACCAACGACACCGUCUUCAUCCGCAUCUGCGAUUUCUACCGGCUCAAGGGCGACAAGAUCGCGUACAACUGGAUGAUGCUGGACCUUCCCGACCUGCUCCGCCAAGCGGGCCGCCGCGUGCUGCCGGUGGCACCUGUUCGUGACGACGGCUGGUUCGCUCCUCCGGUGGGGAUCGACGGCAUCCCGGCGCCAUACUCGCCGCUCACGCCUCCCGCCUCGGCGGAGCUGAGCCGCGACGUGGUGCGCGUGCUCCUGGACGAGGACUGGUUCGAGAAGCCGGGCGGGGCGGCCGCGGCCGGGCCGCUCUGGGACGAGCACAUGCGCUUCUACGGCCCGUCGGGCGUCGGCUUUUCGAGCGGGCGCGGCGAGUACCGCGAGCACUUCAUCGGCGUGCUGCGCCGCGGCUUCUCCGGCCGCACCUUCGAGCUCGAUGUCCUCUCCUGCGAGGGUGCGUACUGCGCCGCGCACGGCCACCUGCACGCCACGCACAGCGGCUGCUUCCUCGGCGAGGCGGCGACCGGCUCGCGUGUGAGGCUGCGCGUGGGCCUGCACUGGCACGUGGUGGGGGGCAUUGCCACGGAGGGCUACGCCAUGUUCGACACGCCCGCCCUCUUCGCUCAGCUCGGAAUCGACCUGCUCGUUCGCACGGUGGUCCCGCCGCCGUGCGGGCCUAUCGACGAGCCUCCGCUUGCCGCCACGGGCGAGGGUACAGAGGGCGCAGCGGGCUCCCCGCCAACGCCGUCGGACCAGUCGCUACCGUGGAGCAACGAUUGCCUCCUGGGCGGGGACGAGGCGCUGCAGCCGCCGACCAAGGACGCGCCCGCCACCUUCCUCGAGCACUGCGCCGAGUGGGUCGUCCGCACGACCGACGCCGUGUGGCGGCCCGGCCUCGGCGCGGCGCGCGUCAACGCGUCGCUCGAGGAGUACUUUUACGAGGGCUGGUCGAGCGUCUCCGCCUUUGGCAAGGAGUACCGCGGGAUGGAGGCGCUCAAGGAGCUCGUGUGGCGCACGCGCCGCGCCUUCCCCGACCUUCGCAUCCAUGUGACAGACGUCUUUUGCGUCGGCAACGACGUGGACGGCUACAAGACGACGAUGCCCGACGUGCUCACCGGAACUCACACCGGGCCCUCCUCCUUCGGCCCGCCCACCGGCAAGAGCUUCGCCUACAACGGCAUCGCCGUCUGCUACGUUCAAAAGGUGGGCGGCCGGUGGCAGUACGUGAGCGAGGUUGUGGCGCACGACGAGCUCGCGCUGUUUAGCCAGCUCGGUCUCACAAACCUCAGCGCGGUGCCGCACCCCGCCACGACCGCCGCGCCGCACGAUUGCCGCACCAAUCGGCCGACGUGGGGCUGGCAGCCGCCGGGCAAGGACGGCGUCACGCCGGCAGCCUUGCGAGAAGCGUCGUUUUCUGCCCGCGCCUCUCCUGCCGUCACGGCUGGGUCAAUUCGGCCGAUCGCGGCUCUCGGCGGCAUCGUGGCCGGAGGCACACUCGCUUCCCUGCUGGUUCUCUCCCUGCGCCGCCAAACCGCCUACCUACUGUCGCCGAGGUCCAUGAAUGGCCUUCUGUAG